AUGACACACACACACAAACCUGUCUAUAACACACCUGUCUUGGUCAACAGGGAGCGGGAGACCUCCAGGUUCAGAGUGGAUGUGACGGUGGCCGAGCAGGACGAGGUCAUCUUCUACCUCACCUACGAGGAACUGUUGGUCCGUCGACUGGGAGCUUAUGCCCACAAGAUCAACGUCCAUCCCGGCUAUCCUGUACGAGACUUACUGGUCGACAUCACCAUCCACGAGACCAGAGACAUCAGCCUCCUUAAGGUCAAGAAAGUUCCAGGAGGAGUGGAGUUCAGAGAUGCCGUUUCUGAGUGGCGGGAAGGAGGCAAAACAGCACGCCUACAUUUUGACCCAGACCCAGAGAUGAUACCAGUCAACGGAGUCAUCCACGGCCAGCUGGUGGUUCACUAUGAUGUAGAGAGAGCGCUGGAUGCUGGCGAUGUGCAAGUUGAAGAUGGAUAUUUUGUGCAUUUCUUCGCUCCCAUUGACCUGCAGUACACCCCUAAGCACAUCACCUUCUUGAUCGAUGUUUCAGGGUCGAUGGAAGGACUAAAACUUGAACAGGUUAAAGAAGCCAUGCGCCACAUCUUGACGGAUCUCAACCAGGGAGACUCGUUCAACAUCAUCCGCUUCUCUUCCUCGUCUCACAAGUUUGGAACGAUGAGGUACACCGCCAUGGCCAUAAGAAAAGCCAAGAAAUACAUCAACAACCUGGAGGCCGAUGGAGGAACAAACAUUGACGGUGGUCUUAAGGUGGCCCUUGAGAAUGAGAUGGAUUUGCUAGUGUCAGAGUCAGUGCGCCCACAUAUUAUUGUGUUCCUGACUGAUGGCUUACCCAGUGUUGGAGUCACUUCCGAGUCGGCCAUUUUAAGGAAUGUCAGGGAGAGAAACAUGGAAGGAGCCGCUAUAUUCUGCCUGGGUUUUGGCAGUGGAGCAGACAUGAAUCUUCUGGAAAAAAUAGCCCUUCAGAACCGUGGAAGUGCUCGGAAAAUCUACGAGGACCAAGACGCAGCCGAACAACUGAAGGGUUUCUACCAGGAGCUGUCAACCCCAAUCCUCCUUGAUGUCCAGUUUAGUUAUUCAGGAGAUGCUGUACAGAUGGACACACUCAGCAGGACACAUUUUUACAAUUACUUCCGAGGUACAGAGCUGGUAGUUACAGGGCAGACAGAGCCAGACCAGCAAGGAAGCAUCCGGGCAAACAUCACCGGCCAGGGACGCAACGGAGAGUUCUUCAUGGGAGUGACUGACUGGAACACAGUGGUUCCACCUGACCACCACUUGCUGGACCACCUGCAUCUUGCCCCCACACCCAAAAACUUUAUUAAGAGAUUAUGGGCUUUUCUAAGAAUUAAGGAUCUGCUGGAGGAGGAGAAGGCUGCCCGCGGCGUACACGAGAAGGCCGCGGCCCAGAAGAAAGCACUCUUCAUCGCGUUAGAGAAUCACUUUGUGACUCCAUUAACUUCCCUGGUGGUGGUGCAGCCUGACCAAGAAAACUGUAAAGACUAUGAAGACGACGAAAAGGAAGAGGAUGACAACAUAAGUGAAGAUUGGCCCGACACAAUAGAUAUUUUGGAAGACAGUAAUUCAUCUAUUGCUGGCCCCCUUGACCCCCAGGACUCUGUUGUUCAUGUAUUUGAUCCAAAGUCAAUCCAGGUUCACAAUGGAUUUGAGGCCACGGAAUAUGACUAUGACGGAAUUAUUCCUUAUCUUAAAGCUGGAAGAAAUACUCAUGGACUCUUAAGUAGUUCAGUUGUAAAUGAACCAAGUAUAACCUUGUACUUGACAGCCUUCUGUGUGUUCCUCCAAGUGAUCUUUAACCAGGUAAGAGGACUACAAACACAUCUACCAGUUAAAUGACACAUCCUAGUUGACAGUGCAUCCUGAUCACACUGAUAAUGGACACAUGACUUAGUGUGAUAGGUAAAAAGUUAGAAGGGUGUUUAGAUAAUUUUACAAGGUUGCUAGAACUUGAAACUUCAUAGCAUAGAUCAAUAUUGAGUAUUGAAAUUAUGAAGUUUUCAUCUGUCUUUAUACACUUAAAAAGUACAUGAUCUUACCUAACUAGAGUGAUUAUUAUAGAUUCAGAUGGUUAGAGAAGAAUUUAAUCUUCCUAAUUAUGUUAACUAAAUGUAUGGUAUGGUGAUUACAAGACUGUGGGGGUUGAUGGUCACAGUAGAUAUUAGUUUUUUUUUUUU